AUGCGGAUGCUAAACUAUCUGAACUAUAUUUUAAUCGCUGUGAUUGCUCGCGCGACCUGUGAGUCACUAAAACUCGAGGAAAUCGCAAUUAAAACUUUGGAUUGCCGCGAAAAUACGUGCACGAAUUUGAGAUACCCUUCUGCUUCAGAAGUUGCCUACUUCUCAGAAAGUGUGACUAAAAAUUUGAGAAAGUACGAAUCUCUCGUACUUCACAGUUCCCAUUUGGCCAAUUUGCCGAGAAAAAUCUUUCUGAACCUUCCUCAACUUGUGGAAUUCCAUGUAUUGGAGUGUGAGCUUCAGCAAAUUGAAAGUGUAUGUUUUGAGGGUGCCAAGAACUUGAAAAGAUUGAAUUUUGGAGGAAAUGACCUGCGAGUUUUGGAUAGCAACACCUUUGAAUUGGCCACCCAACUGGAGGAACUCAACUUAUCGGACAAUCAACUGGAGGAUCUGCCCACCACCAUAUUUCGGCCACUGAAGAGCCUUCAAAAGAUCAACUUAUCCAACAAUCGGUUAAUCACUAUAUCCCAGCACAUCUUCUCACAACUGGGAUCGCUUAAAUCCAUCAAUCUGGACAGUAACCAGCUGAGGGAACUGCCUGGUGAACUUUUCCGGGAUCAGCGGAAACACUUGUCAGAAUUCUCAGCCCGAAGUAAUCAACUAGAGCGGAUUCCUUUGAAUAUAUUUAGUGAAAUAGAUCAUCUCUCGCUCUCGUUUAAUCCCCAACUCAAAAGUCUUCAUCUAUCAGCUAAAAUCAAUGAGCUGGAGGCCAGUAAUUGUGAUCUCGAGUCAGUGGAGUUGGAUGGACUAGUGAUUGGUGUCCAACUGGAGACUAACCCGAAUCUGAAUGAGUUGAAGAUUUCGCAGCCCCAGGAUCUGGAGCAUCUCUACUUGGCCAAUACCAAUCUGUAUAGACUUGACUUUCUGUCCAAGGCCAGUAAACUAGUCGACUUGGAUGUAACGGGCAUUGUAAACCUCGCGGAUUUACCCAAAAUCACCUCAGCCAAGGGAUUGGAAAGAUUGAGCUUCACCUACGACAACUUGACCUCGGAUCACAUGGACAUGCUGCCCCAUCUGAAGGAUCUCAACUACUUGGAGAUAAGUCACGAGAAGGGAAGGGAGAUCUUUAUCAAGGAUCUGGAUGAGGAUUUCUUUGUCGAGGAAGCGGAACUCAAUUGCGGUCAGUUGGCGGAUCUGUUGGAGUUCGUCGAACUGCCUAAGGACACAACCAUCUUGGAAGAUCGAUUAGUUGGGGAUCCUCGUGGGCCAAUGAGAUGUGGAAUGGCAUAGACAUUCAUCUAUUAAAUGGGAAAUAGCUUUAAAAUUCCUACUUAUUUAUACUAAUGAGAAAAUAUUACAUAAACGAAGCUGCAUACAUUAAGCCAAAC